AUGUCAGAUGCAGAAGAACUCCCCCAAGAAGAAACAGAAGAAAAUGGAGAAACAGAAAUGGAAGAAGACAAUAAUCCAAAUUAUAAAGAAGUAGAAAAUAUGCAACAGGAAUCAAAAGAAGAUGACACAUUAGCAUGGAUUGAUUCUCAGGAAGAAGAGGAGGAAGAGGGGGAGGAGCGGGAGGGGAAGAAGGAGGAAGAGGUAGAGGAGGAGGAAAAGGCUGUCAUAGAAGAAACUGAGGAAAAGGCUGGAGAAGCCAAGGAAGAAGAGGCUUCAGGAAUACAGGAAGAAACCACAGUGGAACCCCAAGAAAUUAUCAAGUCCACAAUCAGUAUGGAGAAACUUUCUACCAGUUCCCAGUCGACCAUGUCAGGAACUUUCGCAAAAACCCGUAGAGGUAGCGAGUCAAAGCAUUCAUUACAAUCAGAGGGUUCCAAAACGAAAGAGCUUCCAAGAGUCCGGAGCUCACAACUUGGAUUUCUUGAUUUGGAUGAAAUCAGUUCUGAGAAACAACAGGUUAGUUCCCUUCAAAGGCAGCUCUUAGGUGAGCUUGAGAAGAAAACCAUCCGGAUGCCCCAAGAUGAAUUGGGACAAGAAGGAAGAGACUUGGAACCAGAGAAGGGAAAGCGGGGACUAGAUGAAAAAGAGAAAGACGUCCAGUCCAAAGCAGGGAUCUCCAAGGAGUCACUGGUGUCCACCACCUCGGAAGACAUUUUGUUUCAAAAGGAGGAGGGCGCCGUAUAUCCCUUGACCAUGACCUGGUCGUUUGGAUGGAACAGCUCCCUUCCUGUUUACUACAUUCGAGAGAAAAACCAGAGAGUUCUUCUGUAUGUCUGCGCUCACAGUGCGGUCAUCUACAACGUGUCCAGGAAUAAUCAGUACCACCUUCAGGGCCACCCUAACGUUAUCUCCUGCCUCUGCAUCAGUGAAGACAGGCGGUGGAUUGCCACGGCAGACAAAGGGCCAGACUGCCUGAUAAUUAUAUGGGACUCCUUCACAGGUAUUCCCGUGCACACAAUAUUUGACAGCUGCCCGGAAGGGAACGGCAUCAGGGCAAUAGCCAUGACCCUCGACGCCAAGUAUCUGGCAACCAUCUCAGAUGCCGAAAUCCAGGAAGUGUGCAUCUGGAAGUGGACUUUAGCAGUGGACACGCCAGCGUGUACUCUCCAACUACCCAAAGAAUAUGGUUUUCAGAAAUACCUUACUUUUAAUCCAACAAAUAAUAAAGAAUUGGUGAGCAAUAGUAAAACACAGGCAAUAUAUUAUUCAUGGAAUGAAGAGAGAGAGACGCUUGCUCAUAGUGCCCCAAUUUUAACCGAAAAAACCUUCAACAAGCUCGUGGGAAAAUUUAGCCAGUCCGUCUUUCACUUGAAUUUGACACAAAUACUCUCAGCCACGAUGGAAGGGAAGCUGGUCGUCUGGGACAUAUACCGCUCACCAUCAUCUUCAUCCGCCUCUUUGGGCGCUCCCUACAUCAAGCCAUGUAAAUUGGUUCAUUUGCAGAAAGAAAGUAUCACUGUGCUUACUACAGUUGAUAGCUAUAUUGUCACAGGUGACAUUAAGGGCAACAUUAAGUUCUAUGAUCAUACCCUGGCUAUUGUUAACUGGUACAGUCACCUCAAACUGAGCUCCAUAAGAACUCUGUCCUUUUCAGUGACCCUGGCAGCUCCUCCAACAGAAAAAUCAAACUAUCCUCCAGACUGCACUUUAAGAGGUGACUUCUUUAUUAUAAGGAAUCUUAUCAUUGGAACAUCUGAUGCCACCGUGUACCACUUAACAACAGAUGGGACCAAACUUGAGAAGUUAUUUGUAGAGCCCAAAGAUGCCAUUUGUGCCAUCUCUUGCCACCCAUAUCAACCCCUCAUUGCCGUUGGAAGCGUCUGUGGGAUGAUCAAAGUGUGGGAUUAUGAAAAGAAAAAGUAUAUUUUCAGCAGGGUCUUUGAGAAAGGGCUUGGAGUACAGAGUCUGACCUACAACCCUGAAGGAGCCCUUCUUGGAGCUGGCUUCACAGAGGGGACAGUGUACAUUCUUGAUGCAAUGUCUUUAGAAAACGAAAGCCCAGAGCCUUUCAGAUACUCCAGAACCAGCGUGACACAUAUAAGUUUUUCCCAUGACUCUCAGUAUAUGGCAACUGCUGAUGUAAGUUUUACUGUGGCCGUUUACAUGGUGGUAGUCAAAAGUGGAAAAAGGGUCUGGGAAUACUUAGCAAGACUUCGCUCUCACCGCAAAAGCAUCCGAAGUCUCCUGUUUGGGGUUCACCUGGACAACAAUGAGCCCAGACUGCUGAGCCUCGGGAGAGACAGGCUCUUGAUAGAGUAUAAUCUUCUCAAGAGCCACAAAGACCACCUGGAAGUCCUGGACAUUCACCGAACUGACCAGGGCAGCUACCCCACCUGUAUGGUGUGGUACCCACCGCUCACCAAGGAGCUUUUCCUGCUCAUUUGCAACAGUGCCUACAAAGUGAAACUUUUUAAUUCUACCACCAAAAUGUGCAGAAAGACGCUCCUUGGGCCAGCUUAUGGUUCUCCUAUUGAGCAGGCACAAGUCCUUCCAGUGAAGACCACCAGCGAACUACAGAAGCGCUACUUGGUGUUCAUUAACAGAGACAAGGUUGGACUUCAGAUCUUACCAGUUGAUGGCAAUCCGCAUAAGACAGCCGCUAUUAUUUGUCACCCAAACGGGGUGGCUGGGUUGGCCCUUUCCUACGAUGGCCGCUAUGCCUUCACGGCAGGAGGACACGAUCGCUCGGUCGUACAGUGGAAAAUCAACUUAAGUGCCCUGGAGGCAGCGGUUUCUCUUGGGGGCGAAGACUUGACCCCGUUCUAUGGUCUGGUGCCUGGUGGCAGGGAAGGAAAAUUCUACAGGGAGCUGGAAGACUAUUUCUACUAUUCUCAGCUCCGCAGUCAAGGCAUCGAUACAAUGCAGACGAGAAAGGUGUCGGAACACAUUUGCCUUUCGGAGCUUCCUUUUGUUAUGAGAGCAAUCGGCUUUUACCCCUCUGAAGAGAAGAUCGAUGAUAUGUUUAAUGAAAUCAAAUUUAGUGAGUAUGUGGACACUGGGAAGCUAAUUGACAAAAUCAACUUACCAGAUUUCCUCAAAGUUUACCUCAAUCACAGGCCACCUUUUGGUAACAACAUGAGUGGCAUCCACAAGAGCUUUGAUGUCCUUGGUUACACCAAUUCAAAAGGAAAAAAGGCUAUUCGAAGAGAGGAUUUCCUGAAACUCCUCCUAACUAAAGGUGAGCACAUGACAGAAGAGGAGCUGUCCGACUGCUUCGCUACGCUGUUUGGCCUGAAUCCUGAGGGAUGGAAAUCGGAGCCUGCAACCUCCUCCUUCAAAGGUUCAGAAAUUUGUCUUGAAGAAGAACUUCCAGAAGAAAUCACUGCAGAAAUAUUCACGACUGAGAUUCUUGGCUUAACCAUUUCAGAAGAUUCCGAACAGUAUGGUCAGUGAAGUUGUAAGGAAUGUUUGAAGCACAAAGGACUUUGUGUGUGCAUGCGUGUGUGUUUUCCAAGAGGCACUGCUUUUUCUACAUCUCCCUACCCCCACUCUCGUCUUUAGAACAUUUAGACAUUAAAAGAAAGUUUCUGUUAAGCCAUGGAA